AUGCUUCCCAAACUCGCAAAAGCCUUUCGCAGCUCCGACGAGGACCUCGAGAAGGCUCCUCAGGUGAACAAUGCUUCCGAGGUCAACAGCGGCAAUGACAUGUUCGACAAUGCCAGCGACGGCGCCGUGCCCGGCGAAAGCUUCGAAUACGGUGACUCGCUCUACGCCAAGAUUCAACGGUUCGCUGGAAAGUUCAACAUUGAGCAGCGUGGAGUGGAACGAGUGCCAGACAGCGAACGGAAUGAUACCUCCUAUCUGAAUAUCGGCAGCAUGUGGUUCGCCGCAAACAUGGUUGUCAGCUCGUUUGCGAUCGGUGUACUUGGACAGUCUAUCUUCGCACUCGGCUUCGUGGAUGCCAUCUUGGUGUGCCUCUUCUUCAACCUCCUUGGUGUUAUGACCGUGUGCUUCUUUUCGUGCUUCGGUCCGGUCUUUGGAUUGCGCCAGAUGGUGCUUUCGAGAUUUUGGUUUGGAUGGUGGGCUGUGAAAUUCAUUGCCAUCCUCAACGUUAUUGCCUGUGUUGGAUGGUCCGCGUCCAACGCCAUCGUCGGUGCUCAGCUUCUCAACGCUGUCAAUGGCACGGUGCCUGGAUGGGCCGGUAUUUUGAUCAUCACCUUCGUCACACUAUUCAUCACAUUUGCUGGAUACAAGAUCGUUCACGUCUAUGAAUACUGGAGCUGGAUCCCGACCUGUAUUGUGUUCUUCUUUGUGCUGGGUUGCUUUGCUCACUCAGGUGACUUCUACAACAUCCCUAUGGGAGUCGGUGUUUCUGAAAUGGGCUCCUGUCUUUCCUUUGGAUCUACGGUCUACGGCUUCGCAACUGGCUGGACCAGUUACGCCGCCGACUAUACUGUGUACCAGCCCAAGUCCCAGAGCCGUCGUCUGGUCUUCUUCUCUGCAUGGCUCGGCCUGAUCAUUCCUCUGAUCUUCACUCAGUUCCUGGGUAUUGCCGUGAUGACUGCCACCACCAUCAAUGGGGGAGAUAACAAGUAUGCCACCGGUUAUGCAGCUUCGCUCAACGGCGGUCUCAUCGAUGCUGUCCUUUCCCCACUCGGCGGCUUUGGCAAGUUCUGUCUGGUCAUCCUGGCUCUGUCCAUCAUCGCCAACAACUGCCCGAACAUCUACUCGGUUUCUUUGACCCUCCAAGUCCUGCACAAGUACACCCAACGCGUGCCCCGAUUCAUCUGGACUUUCCUGGCCUCGUGUGUCUCCCUUGCCAUCGCCAUCCCUGGAUACUCCCAUUUCCAGACCGUCCUUGAAAACUUCAUGAACCUGAUCGCCUACUGGUUGGCCAUUUACUCCGCCAUUGCCAUCGCGGAUCACUUCAUCUUCCGACGUGGAUUUGCCGGUUACCGCCCUGAAGACUACGACAAGGCUGAGAAGCUGCCUCUCGGCAUCGCUGCCUCUGUCGCAUUCUGCUGCGGUGUCGCAGGUGUGGUCGUAGGUAUGAGCCAAACAUGGUGGGAGGGCCCUGUCGCUCGCCACGCUGGCGGUGGUGACGUUGGUUUCGAGCUUGGCUUUGCUUUUGCUUUCGCGACAUAUUGCGGUCUGCGUCCAAUUGAGCUUCGUCGCUUUGGUCGUUAA